CUAAUCCGCGUCGGACAUUGUGGCUCACAGGCCAUCACCAGCAGACGCUUGCACACACACACACACACACACACACACUCACACACACACACACACACACACACACACACACACACACACAGAAGAAGAAAAAAAUUUCCCCGACACAACAUUGUGCCGACUGGGUCUGCGUGGCACCGGGGGGGCUGCAGCGCGUGUGCGUGUCGGAGGACGGGGAGCUCUGCACGACACUGGCAGAUAGUGGCGUUCACAUGCGCGCGGACACGUCUGCAGUCGUUUUCUAGACAGUUAUUUUUUUAAAAUUUUUUUUGUUAUCCGCAGGUUUUCGGCGCGGAGUCGUUUGGAUUUACGCGUUGACAGCUGGACCGGCGGCGGCGCCUUGCGCCGGGGGGGUUGAGGCGAGCGCGGCAGGGCAAGUCUCCUCGUCCCGUUUAAGAAGAGUCCUCCAAAACCACAGAAUCCGGUCCAGUUGCCAGCCAAUGCCCAGCAGCACAUGGCUGAAGCUGCCCUGUGGCUGAUCCCCCUGACGAUGCUUUCCACCAACCACUCCGGAGGCGCGUGGGGAUGAAAUGGACGGAGCCCAUGGCCAGACCAACACACCAGCUCCCACCUCCCAACAUGUCCAGCUGCAGCAAGUCUCCCUCCAACUCUGGAGGAGUUGCAGGCUCUAACUCCAUGGCUUGGGUGAAGAUGUUCAAAAAACCCGGAGGAGGCCUGAAGAAGUCCUACCAGCCCGGGAGCAUGUUGUCUCUCGCGCUCACCAAAGGCCUGCUGAACGAGCCCGGGCAGAACAGCUGCUUCCUCAACAGCGCUGUUCAGGUGCUUUGGCAGCUAGACAUCUUCAGGAGAAGUUUGAGGCAGCUCUCGGGCCACUUCUGUCUGGGCGACGCCUGCAUUUUCUGCGCUUUAAAGAGCAUAUUCAGCCAGUUCCAACAGAGCCGGGAGCGCGUGCUCCCCUCCGACAGCCUGCGCAACGCUCUGGCCGAAACCUUUAAGGAUGAGCAGCGCUUUCAACUGGGCCUGAUGGACGAUGCUGCUGAGUGCUUUGAGAACAUCCUGGAGCGCAUCCACUUACACAUAGUGUCAGACACAGCGACUGACGCUUGUUCAUCCAAAUCCUGCAUCACCCAUCAGAAGUUCGCAAUGAUGCUUUAUGAGCAGUUUGUGUGUCGCUGCUGUGGUGCAUCUUCAGAUCCACACCCGUUCACAGAAUUUGUACAUUAUGUCUCAACCACCUCUUUAUGCCAACAGGUCGAUCGUAUGUUGGGUAAGAACGAGCGGCUCAGGUCGGACAUGUUUGGAGAGUUGCUGCAGGCGGCAAACAACACAGGGGACCUACGAAGCUGCCCGAGUGACUGCGGUCAGAGUAUCAAGAUCCGCCGUGUACUCAUGAACUGUCCAGAGAUCGUGACUAUAGGAUUCGUGUGGGACGCUGAGCAGUCGGAUCUUACGGACGAUGUCAUCCGGUCACUUGGCCCACGCUUGAACCUGUGUGGGCUUUUCAACCGCGUCACUGAUGAAAAUGCCAAACGGAGUGAGCUGCAUCUGGUGGGGAUGAUCUGUUUUUCGAGCAAACAUUACUCGGCUUUUGCCUAUCACACCAAAUCUUCAAAAUGGAUGUUUUUUGAUGAUGCUACUGUAAAGGAGAUUGGAUCCAAAUGGAAGGACGUUGCCUCCAAAUGCAUCAAGGGACAUUUCCAGCCGCUUCUCCUAUUUUACACUAAUCCCGAGGGAAGCCCAGUGUCCAGUGAAGAUGCACCGAGACAAACCACAAUGUGUCCCCGGUUCAAAGGCCAAGUGAAUGGUGACGCGACAGGGAAACAUCCUGUUGGAAGUCCUAAAAAAUUCCAGGAACCUUUCAUGGAGAAUUUGCAGAGGCCAGGUGAGACAUCCAGGAAGGACAGAGGGCAUCGGAGAACGGACCCGUCACAACACAAAGAGAUGGCACACGCAAGAUCUUCGUCGCCUCCAGAGAACGGACUGAGGCCUUCUGCGGACCACAAGUUAAAAAGCUACCAACGCACCGAGAAGUCGUCCAACCAUUCGAGCAGAGGAUCUCAGGAGCCACGUGGACAAUCCAUGGGUACACAGGGUGGCGGGCAUGGCCAGAGAAACAACACCUCCCCGAGUCGCUAUGAUCAGGAGAGCUGCCAGGAGCAAUGGGAAAAAGGGGGAAGUGGAGGAGGCCGCAAUAAAUCCAAGUCCACCUGGAGACCCAUUCGGGAGGUGUUAAACGUGGACACUGUACUGAGCGAACUGGAGCAGCGCCGUCAGCAGCAGCAGCAGCAGGACAGCCCGCGGCGCAGUAAGCCGUCCCAGGACAGGGUGCACGCCGAACAGAGUCGCGACCGCGACAGGGAAUUUGUGCGAACGAGGGAAGAUCGAAAGCAGAAGUGUUUAAUGACGAUCUACGAGGACGAGCAGAGGCACGAGACCGAGAGCCACAGCUCGGUGGAGUCCGAGAGCAGGGCCAGCCAACAGAGGGGCGGCAGGCUCAAAGGCGGCCCCAAGACGCUGCUGCGCAGUGACACCUGGACCAUUCAGAGGACUGAGUCGGGCUACGAGAGCAGCGACCGACUCAGCAGCGGCUCCACCAACCCAGACUCACCUGGGGUGGAUGGCUUUGCAGUGAAAGACCCGAGGUCAACACCAGAGGCACAGCUGCAAAGCCAGCUGCAUCAAAAGGGAGGCGAUGCAAAAUCAUGUGGAAUGCCGUCGCCUUCACACAACGGUAAACAUCAACCCAAACCUCAGGGAAAGAGCCAUGACCAAGUUUCACAUCCUCAUCUAAAGUCCAGUCCAAGUUCAAGACGGAAAUCAAAGUACACUUCUAGCACCUCCAGGAAGGUGGUGUGUUCGGAGCGGGACUCCACCGGGUGUGAGAGCAGGCAGAGUGAUCAGCAGGAGCUGACCAACUGCAGAGAAGGUUCGGCACCGAGGCACUUCACAAAAACCAGCAGCUCCGAGUGGAACAGCUCCGAUGAUCUCGCUCUCUCGGAGCCUGACGACAGGGAAAGCACUUACCGCUCCAGUAACAGCGAGGCCGUUGCCUCUGAUCCCCCGUGUCCUCUCAUAACCCUGCCAUACCAGACCCCGUGCAGUGUGACCGCAGAGCCUCUUCAACUCAACCAUCAGCGUCAGCUCAGCGCCACAGGGUCCCCGCACCUCCGGCCCGCCCAGCGAGCCCCUCCCCACCAGGGCGAAACGAGCCACACCGCGUUUCGCCCGAGGGUGCUUCAAGAGCCCCUUCCGUCGAGUCCUCGCCUUUCGCCCGCGGCCUACGUCAGUCCUCACAGGAAGCCCGACAUGUCGGGCCUCCGGACCUUCUCGGACGCGAGCUCCAGGUCGGGCUCCGACCCGGAGAGGAGCACUCCGUCGUCUUGUGAGAGUGAGGAGAGACUAACUGCGUGCAGAGUGGAACAGGCGGCGUCGGCUCAGGAGGUUUCCCUGACAACAUACUUCAACGUGGAUAACUGCAUGACGGAAACAUACCGACUCAAGUACCACAACCAGAGGCCUCUGGUCCUCUCUGCCACGGUGCCCCGGACAGUGGCUGCGGCUGAGCGCAGAGAUGCCGGCCACACGCUCCCUGCCGACACACACUCGCAAGAUGUGCCAAAAAUCAGACCUGAGACAAGCCAUAAUAGCAAUAAACCCACUGCAAAAUGGAACCCAGUGACAGCCAAAGGACUGGAUGAACGUGGUUUUUUAUGAAUGUCUGAACUCGGUAAGUGUUGUUUACAAGGACGGCCCGUGGUCAGUAGAGAACGAAGUGGAUGCCAAAGAGUGAAGAGAGAAUGGAAGGACCUUCUGAAGCCUGACAUCUCUAAAUUGAGUAGAAUUGAUUUAUGCAAGCUUGUCCACUUGAGGAAAACCUAUUUCUAAAAGCUGUUGAAUAUUUUUCUGAUGGAUUAUUAACUAUUACAUAUGAUGUCUUCUGUCCUCCUGCAGUAUUGCUGCGACAAGAUUUAGUUUGAACCAAAAUCUAGACUGUUUCCAGUUUGCACAGAGGCGUUUUGACUCUUUUUGGUCACCUUAUCUCAAGUUUAUUUAUUUAUUUUUAUUAAGCGGUUCUGCACAAAGGCGCCGCAGACUACAAGGUAUACCGAUAAAGUAUAUAUAAAGUCAGGCAAGUGAGAUAACAAAUCACGGCAUGAUGACAUUAAAAAACGGUGUGCUCAAGUUACUUCAUUAGAAUACAAUGUCAUUCUACACAACACGUUAAAACCUACAGGCCGAGGUUUGGAUCUUCAGCAGCAGGUUUGAGGUUUGAGACUGAAAAUGUUUUCAAUAACGUGUCAGCAGUUUGCUGACUUUAUGCACAUUUCUGGGCUUUGCAGUCCGUCAGUUUGUUUGAGCUGUUAUCAAUUAUCAGUUCUUUCACAACAUUCAUGCGUUAAUGAAUGACUGAAGGCGGAUCCGUAACAGUGUGUUGAGAAAGAGUGACCCAAGUGAUUCUUCAGGUGAUUUGUUCAAUUUCCUGGACAAUUGUCAUAUAGAUUUCAUUUCAUUUCAUCCAUCACUCAGUGGGGCUGCACGGUGGUGUCUCACAGCAAGAAGGUUCUGGGUUCGAGUCCCGGUUCAAACCAACCAGGGCCUUUCUGUGUUGAGUUUCCAUGUUCUC